AAUUAGAGAGAACACUGGGUAGAUUGUGCAUCUUGUCACAGGUCACAUGAAAUAGAUGUAAACGGUAUUCACACAACCACUUUUUACACAGUUAUUGCAUUAGCAAUUCAUGUUCUGGGGAAAGCAUUAUAUUUUCCCAGUACAAAAUACUAGGCCUGUGUACACAAUUAACAACAUACAAAGUGCUAGUAAUUACCUUUAAAGCCCUUAACGGCUUAAGAACCCGGUUACCUGGGGUCUUCUGCAUGAUCCCCACCUCACAUUAAGGUCAUUGAGCGAGGUACAUCUUCAAAUGCCGCCAGACUGCAUGGCGGUGACUCGGGACCAGGCCUACUCUGUAGACGGACCUGGGCUGCACAGAUAUUCAUGGCUUAACAUCUGUAUCAGCCUUUAAAAGAGCCCCUACGACACAUUUUUAAGCCUGGCUUUUAAUAACCUUUGAAUAUUUUACAUUGUUUUAAGUCGGCCACCCCGUGCCCAUCCCGCCAAAGCAGCCCGUUUUCUUUCAGAUUAUUCCUCCCAGAAUUUUUGUUGUUCUAGUAAAUUUGGCGCCAUCAUUCUAAGCUGCACCUCUGUACAGAACUUUGCUAGGGCAAUAGUUCAACCCUAUAAGUAACUUGCUGAGAUUAGAUCCACCCAUCCUAGCUACCAAUCUCUUUAUGUCACAUGAUGCUACCUGCCCUCGCCCCAGUGUUCCCACUAAUUUUUUUCAUGUGUGUGCAGAAUGAAUUUUGUUCUGGGUGGCAGUAUCAAGGCAGUGUGUGCAGAUGUGCAUUUAGAGUGGGGCACAUUCUGAUUCUGGAGGAUCUAAAAUUAGCAGAGCAGACAGUAAAUAAAACUUGUGUGUGCACGCCCAUGCACACACCUUAGAGGGAAUACUGCCUGGCACUGUUCCCAGUGACUGAUUAGAACUAAUCGAUGCCCUUUCAGUAUUAAAAGGAUUCCAGAGAGCAGGAAAGCGAAACCGAAGUGAAGUUUUGCUUCCUGACAAAGUCAUGGCUGCUGCUUCGCCUUCAAAACCAGCUCCCAGACCCAAACCCCGCACAGCAGCUGUUUGUGCCCUUUGCGAAGGACCCUUCAAAAACCCUGUGGUCCUCAAGGGGCAGAAAUUCUGCCGCUUCUGUUUUUCUCGCCUGAAGAGGGAGGCCCUUGCCAACCGUGCUUCCUUUAAGGAUGACAGCAAGGCAAAAAGGGAGGCAGACAGAAAGGAAGAAAAGGAAGCAACUGAAGAAGAGGGACAGCAGGGACUAUGUGGGGAACAUGGAGAGAGGCUGACUUGGUUUUGCACCAGGGAAAGAGCCCCCAUCUGUGAAGUCUGCAAGGAAUCGGAGAGCUACGCAUCUCACUUAGCAGUGCCCAUUGAAGCUGCUGCCCAGGAGUACAAGGGAAAACUGCAGCGUGCUGUGAGUCUGCUGGAACAGCAUCUAGAAGAGUCUCUGAAACUGCAGUAUCAAGAAGGAAAGAAAACAGCACAAUGGAAGAAUAAAGUCCACAGCCAGAAAGAGCGAAUCGGUACUGGGUUUAUGAAGCUGUUCAGUUUUCUGGAGGAGGAAGAGGAGCGUCUCCUACAGAGGCUGAAGAAGGAGGAGCGAGCGAUCCUGAAGAGGCUGCACCGAAAUUUAGCACAGCUCUCGGAGCAGAGUUCCUCCCUGAAGCAGCUGGUUGAAGAGAUCAAGGGGAAAAGCCAGAAACCGCCUGCUGAGCUUCUGAAGGAUGUGGAAAAUGCACUGAGCAGGAGUGAAAAUGUGACCCUGCUGGAAAUCGAAGCAGUUCCUACUGAACUGAAGAACUUCUAUAACAUUCCUUGCAUUGACAUGAUUGAAAUCUUAACAAAAUUCAAGGUGGAUAUGUCUCUGGAUCCAGCUACAGCUCAUCCCAGCCUUCUCCUCUCCAAGGAUAAGAAGUGUGUGAAAUAUGGAGGAACAAUACAGAAGCCACCUGACAACAAUGCAGAGAGAUUUGAUACUUAUCGAAUGGUCCUGGGCUCUAAACAGUUCACCUCAGGGAGAAACUACUGGGAGGUGGAGGUGGGGGACAGCACAGAGUGGGACCUGGGAGUCUGUAGGGAAUCUGUGCGCAGGAAGGGCCAGGCAGUCAUGCUGUCCCCCCUGAGUGGCUUCUGGAGACUGUGGCUUCGGCACGGAGACCAGUACAAGGCCCUGAUUUCCUGCCCUACGCCACUUCCCGUGAACGUGAAGCCAACCCGGGUGGGGAUUUUCCUGGACUAUUCUGAAGGUGAGGUUUCAUUUUACAACGUGACAGAGAGAACCCACAUUUACACAUACAUUGGGGCCUUCUAUGGCCCCUUGCUGCCUUUCUUUAGCCCAGGCCGUACGGGGGACCCUUUGUCUGUCUGCCCUGGCCCAAAGGAGGAUACUACUGGAAGCAAGUAGCAAAGGUCUACCCAAGACACAAAACUCUGGACCUUGCCCAGGCACCAGAACAUGGCUUUUCAUGCAGCAUGAAUUUGGGUCCAAACACUAGAGGGAGGCACUAUGCUCCUCAACUAAGCUUCCUGCCUUCACUUCACUUAAAAUUUGCCAGAUAUCCUACACCAUUGCUUUAUUGCAUACGUUUUUAUGCUUGUAUUUUAAAUCUUUUUAGUCAGAUUUGUUUUAUAUUUUAGCUUAAUAUUUUAAUUAUGUCAUUUUUUAUAGUCUUGUUUUUAAUUUUUGUGUAAAGCACCUUGGGAUUGUUUUAAUGAAAGGCGGCAUACCAAUUUAACAAUAAAUAAAUAAAUAGUCAUCCCUAGGUUGUGGAACAUGCUCUCCCUGUGGGUAUAAGAGGCUUAUCUUCUUUGGAGGCUUUCAAGAGAGCCACAAAGACCCUUCUUUUCAGCCUGGCUUUUAAUAAUAUUUAAUUGGUUUAAAGUGCUUUUUAAAAAUGAGUUUUAUGUUAAUAUUUUAACUACUUUUAUUUUAUGUUUUAUGUUAAAUUUUAAAUGGUUUGAAUUUUUAGUGUAAACCACCCGGAGCCAUUCAGGGUGGUAUAUAAAUGAAAUAAAUAAAAUCCUGCACUCCAUUUCAGAAAGAUACUUUAGGAUGCAUAUCAGGCCUCUUUAUGGCAACACCUGCUUACCAUAGAGCAGAUACGUCUUUUCCAGCCAACUUGCAAUCACAGUAAAAAAAAAAAAUCUUAGCAAAUGUCUAGAAGUAAGAAAUUCAAUUUUUCAUACCUAGCAAUUUCGAGAUGUAAUCAGUUUCUUCUUGGGAUGAGACAAUAUCUCAGUGUGAUAAACAGUUCUUCAGUGCUAUCAUUUCUCUCAGUCUCCUGAUCUUCCAUAUGCCCUGUCAUUGUUAAAGUGUUCUGUGUGCAAUUAAAAACCCACAAGCAUCA